AUGGUUCUCCCGGGGCUGCAGGCCCGCAGAUGGCUGAGCACGGCCGCGACGGCUCGGAGGCGCCACCGUACGGAGGACACCCCGAGUCCCGAGCCCCCGGGCCGGCGCGCUGCGCUUUACGUGCACUGGCCCUAUUGCGAGAAGCGCUGCAGCUACUGCAACUUCAAUAAGUACAUCGCGCGCGGCGCGGACGAGGCGGCCGUGCGGGACUGCCUGGUGACCGAGGCCCGGACGCUGCUGCGUCUCAGCGGGGUGCGAAGGGUGGAUUCUGUGUUCUUUGGUGGGGGGACCCCUAGUCUGGCCAGUCCUCACACUGUGGCUGCUGUCCUGGAGGCUGUGGCCCAGGCAGCCCACCUGCCUGCAGACACGGAAGUCACGUUGGAAGCCAAUCCCACUUCGGCUCCAGGUCCCAAGCUGGCAGCUUUCGGGACAGCGGGGAUCAACAGGUUGUCCAUUGGCUUGCAGUCCUUGGAUGGUACUGAACUGCGGCUGCUGGGGCGGACACACUCAGCCCGCGACGCACUGAGGACGCUGGCGGAGGCCAGGCACCUCUUCCCUGGACGGGUAUCUGUGGACCUAAUGUUGGGGCUGCCUCAACAAAAGGUGGGGCCCUGGCUCCGACAGCUGCAGGAACUGCUGAGCUGCUGCGAUGACCACCUCUCCCUGUACCAGCUGACCCUGGAGCGGGGCACCACACUCUUCGCCCAGGUGCAACAAGGGGUCCUUCCUGCCCCUGACCCGGAGCUGGCUGCUGAGAUGUACCAGGAGGGCAGGACAGUCCUCCGAGAAGCUGGCUUUCGUCAAUAUGAGGUUUCCAACUUCGCCCGGAACGGGGCGCUCAGUACCCACAAUUGGACUUACUGGCAGUGCGGUCAGUACCUUGGCAUUGGGCCUGGGGCACAUGGGCGGUUUGCACCCCAGGGGCCUGGCAGUCACGCCCGGGAGGCACGGAUCCAGACUCUGGAACCGGAUAACUGGAUGAAGGAAGUAAUGCUGUUUGGUCAUGGUACCCGGAAGCGCACCUCCCUGGGCAAUCUGGAGCUGCUGGAGGAGGUUCUGGCCAUGGGGCUACGCACUGAUGUGGGAGUCACUCACCAGCACUGGCAGCAGUUUGAGCCCCAGAUGACCCUGUGGGAUGUGUUUGGAGCAAGCAAGGAAGUGAAGGAGCUCUUAGAACAGAACCUGUUGCUGUUGGACCACAGGGGUCUGCGGUGUUCCUGGGACGGUCUGGCUGUGCUGGAUUCUCUGUUGUUGACCCUACUGCCUCAACUCCAAGAGGCUUGGCAACAGAGAGGCCCACCCCAUGUGCCAGGAGGAUGACCGAAUGUUCCUGUGCUGCCAAGCCACGGCGUGUGUGGACUCCAGGCGCUGGGCGGCCCCGCAGGCAUCUCUCCCCUGCCGCAGGUGCUGCUCUGCUUCGAGCUGUCACUCACUGCCUGGCCCUGGUCUCCUUGGGGAAGGACACUGCUGGAUGGGACACUGACAUUCUACCCAGCGUCUCAGGACUCACAAGCCAAUGUGUAUUCCCUGGCUGAGAGUUGCUCUUCAGACACACCAGCUUUUGUUGGCCUUCUUAGGUACCAGAUCACAAGCAGUGUUUGGAAGUUUUUUUUUUUUUUUUUUACAAGGGAUCACUGCCAUAAGAGGAGCCCUCCUCACACUGCAGUGAGGCCCUGCGAUAGCUUGUGUGAGUCAGUAAAACCAAAUCCUCUCCAGGUAUCUUCAGAAGAAAGGGAUUUAUGAUAGGAAUGAAGUAUUUAUAAAACCAUUGAAUCUUUCAGUCAAAGCCACAUCUCCUGUGGAAAGUGUCCCACAUUCUAACUAUGUCUGAUUGUUUCCCAAGUAUUGGAUUUAAUGUUUAGUGUUAGCAAGAAUAUUACAUGGAUCCGGGCGUGGUGGUGCACGCCUUU